AACGGUACGGGGCGGGGCGCCGAGGCAGGGCGGCCCCUUGGUUGGACGUCCCGGCAGCCGCUUGAGGGAUGGGGCGGUGUCGGCCGGGACCUCCUCCUUCAUUCCCUCGGCGGGCCGAGCCUCCCCUCUCUCCCGCCCCUCCUCCUCCCUUUCCCACCCCUCGGAGUGGAGCUGCACAUGCGGCUGCUCCCUGCUCCGUCCCGCCCAGCCACCGUCGCGCAGGAACGGGUCCCUGCAGCCCCCAGCCGAUGGCAGGGCAGUAGCCGCCUGUCAGAGGUCGUGAACGGCUGAGGUAGACGCAGCGGCUCCCGGGCCUCAAAAAAGUGGGUGUCUCUGGAGGCCAUGGGCUCCCCGGAGAUGGAGCGCAGGGAACCCCUGCCCGCGACAGCGCCGCGGGAGCGGGAGAGCCAGAGCUGCGGCUGUCGCGGGGCCCCUGCUCGGGCGGGCGAAGGGAACAGCUGCCGGCUCUUCCUGGGUUUCUUUGGCCUCUCGCUGGCCCUCCACCUGCUGACGUUGUGCUGCUACCUAGAGUUGCGCUCGGAGUUGCGGCGGGAACGGGGAGCCCUAUCCCGCCUUGGCGGCCCGGGCACCUCUGGCACCCUAAACAGCCCCGGUGGCCUCGACCCUGACAGCCCCAUCACCCGUCACCUUGGGCAGCCGUCACCUCAGCAGCAGCCGCCUUUGGAACCGGGAGAAGCCGCACUCCCCUCUGACUCCCAGGACGGGCACCAGAUGGCCCUAUUGAAUUUCUUCUUCCCUGAUGAAAAGCCAUACUCUGAAGAAGAAAGUAGGCAUGUUCACCGCAAUAAAAGAAGCAAAAGCAAUGAAGGAGCAGAUGGUCCAGUUAAAAACAAGAAAAAAGGAAAGAAGGCAGGGCCUCCUGGACCCAAUGGCCCUCCAGGACCCCCAGGACCUCCAGGACCCCAGGGACCCCCAGGAAUUCCAGGGAUUCCUGGAAUUCCAGGAACAACUGUUAUGGGACCACCUGGUCCUCCAGGUCCUCCUGGUCCUCAAGGACCCCCUGGCCUCCAGGGACCUUCUGGUACUGCUGAUAAAGCUGGAACUCGAGAAAACCAGCCAGCUGUGGUGCAUCUACAGGGCCAGGGGUCAGCAAUUCAAGUCAAGAAUGAUCUUUCAGGUGGAGUGCUUAAUGACUGGUCUCGCAUCACUAUGAACCCGAAGGUGUUUAAGCUACAUCCCCGCAGCGGGGAGCUGGAGGUACUGGUGGACGGCACCUACUUCAUCUAUAGUCAGGUAGAAGUAUACUACAUCAACUUCACUGACUUUGCCAGCUAUGAGGUGGUGGUGGAUGAGAAGCCCUUCCUGCAGUGCACACGCAGCAUCGAGACGGGCAAGACCAACUACAACACUUGCUAUACCGCAGGCGUCUGCCUCCUUAAGGCCCGGCAGAAGAUCGCCGUGAAGAUGGUGCAUGCUGACAUCUCCAUCAACAUGAGCAAGCACACCACCUUCUUUGGGGCCAUCAGGCUGGGUGAAGCCCCUGCAUCUUAGAUUCCCCCCAUUUUGCCUCUGUCCAUGCCCCUUCCCUGGGUCUGGGAGCCAGGACUCUCAGAACCUCCAAGUGCUGCUGUGGAGUGAGGUAUAUUUGUGUUGCAGCCGCAGAGAGAAAUGCCCCAGUGCUAUUUAUUCCCUAGUGACUCCAGGGUGACAAAUCCUGCUUGACUUUCCAGAAUGAUCUUGACUUAACAGGACAGUGGAUGGAGCCCCAGGGUUUACAUGAAGCAGAACCUUCUUCUUUGGUUCCAUGUUGACAGACCUUACGGCAUGACUCUUCAACCCCGAGGUCCCUGUGAUCAGAUCUAUUGUUCGUUGCACUAAAAUGAGGAUCCAGAGCAGCAGGUCAGAGAAAGCAAAAGUGCACUCCAGACUCUGGGGGUGGACAUCUGACCCCAAGGGGGCUGCUGCUCCUCUCUUGGGUAGGGUGGUGGCAGGGGCAGAGUGGGAAGGGAGCAUUGCAGCCUAAGAAGGCCAGGGAGGGAAAGGCAGGUGCUUUUAGCAGAGACCACGAGAGAAACCUGCCAAGAGAGCAUCCUUGGCAGUGGGAAUGUUCUUUCUGCUCUGCACUGUGGCCUGCAGGAGGGUCUUCCCACUCCAGCUGACACCCACAUUGUGGCAGCUUGCUGGGCUUUGGGAAGGGGAAGUUCGCUCUGCCUUAUAAUAGUCACGGGGAAUGGACACAAACCUGCCUGCAUAAGAACCUGAAUCUGUACAUGGGUCACAUGUCUCUCAUUUUGUUUACAGCUGUGCUCCACACUCAGAAAACUCCCUGGGGUCCCCUUCCAGUUGUCCCCAUUCCCAGCUCAACUAGAACUCAUGUCUUCUUUCUCCACAGAGCCUACCUCUGUCUGAGACAGGUGACUAACCUGGGAUCUGUGCUCAUGCGAGUCUGGGAUAUUCUUUAGUUUACCUGGGCACAAAAAGAAUUUUCCAUUUAUUAAGCAGUACAAAUGUUUUUCAUCCAAUCCUAAUCGAAUUCUGUCUGGGGACAAAGGGUUGGACUGGAUGACCUCCAGAAGUCCCUUCAAGUUCUAAUAUUUGUGACUCUUAGCAGGUAGCCCUCACCACAGCCUUCUAAAUUCCCAAACCAUAGACUGCUCCUGGGCAUUAGCAAGGUAGAGCCUUUUUACCUGGCCCAGAUAGGGCAAGAGGUGAGGAUAGGACAGAGGGAUUUUGUUCAAGUUUGCUGCAACCCAAGUGAACAUUAGGCCAGACUUUACCUGAAAGACCAGCAGCUGAUGCCAUACUGACCCAAUCUUUCUUCACUCUGGCUUCAAAAAGCCACAGCAGAGCAUGGUCACUGCAGAUUGCUCAUGCUGCUCCCUUGAAGCCAGGCUCAGGAGAAGCCAGUAUCUAGGCACUGGGCAGGGAUCUGCUCCCUAGUUCAGGUCCAAAUGCACCUUCCCCUAAACCCCAAGCUUCCCACUGGAUCAUAUGAUAGACCGUCAUGGGCCUUACUACAAACUGCCUGGGCUCAGCCUGGCUUCUGGGUGCUAGGUCCAGCCCAAACCUAGGAAGGCCAGCCUUGUACAGUCUGCUCCUCUUGCUCCUGAAAUGUGUUUCCUUUUCAGGAGAUGGGGAAUAAGUUCCUUCAGGCAGCUGAAAUCCACCAAGAACAGCAGAUACUUAUUUCUCAGCUGUGCCUUCCCUUUCUAAGCAACCACACUGCUUGGACCUUCAAGGGUCAGGGUGAAAGGAGAUGGACUAGGCCUCCAUUGUCUGGUUGCUAACGACAGCCUUGCAGCCCAAGGUGAGGUGAACUCCAGGCAUGUAUCUGGCCCUAACUCCUAUAAAGUGCCUUGGACAGUCUGCAGUUGUAGCAGGAACCCACAAGAACCUCUCCAUGUUUGGAAAAUAAUUUAUCUUUUAUAAUCUUUGAAGAAGGCAAGGCUGAUAAUAUGACAAACAUCAUUGUUUAGAUGAGGCUCAGAGGAGUUAAGUGCAUUGACCAAUUUAAGUCACAGACCUGGGGCUUCAGCCAGGUCUGACUCCACAGCUGUUCCAUUACACCACAGCAUUGUAUGGAAUUUGAGGUCUAGAGAGAAUGAAUAAAAGUGGUAAUUUGGAACUGAAAUUCUUGAGGGUUCUAGGGAGAAACCCAGAGAUGCCAAUUUUUAUUCCUCAGUGGUAAUACCUGUCCUCUUGGCUGCCAGGGGCUCUGUGGAAAAAAGAGUGAGACAUUUCUUUGGGAAACAGCCAUCAUCCUUAGAGCUCUUAUGUUCAGAAGAAUCUUCCUGGCACCAUGUUGAAGUAGCACACCUCUGGGACCCACAGAACUGGUGGCCUUUAUGUUCUUUCACCCAUCCAAGGAACCACCCAACCAUCGUGUGUGGAGCCCCUGCUGUGGGAAAGGUUCUCCUUUCAUUACCCUACAGACAGCUUACAGGAGCCAGCCCCCUUCCCACAACUACUAGUGUGACUCCUUAUCUCUUUCCUCCAUACCUUUGAGAUUUUGAUACUACCAGGGUCUCUCAAAGAUGGAGGGAAGACCUAAAAGAGGACCGGUUCUGAGGCCAGAAGGGUGUGAGGAGAGAGAAGGAAAAGUCUUCCUAGUUGUGCUCCAGACAUGGAGGGGAUGACAAAGGAAAUAGGAUUUUCACUGGACUCUUGAUUCUUUCUGAACCUUCCAAAGGAACUCUAGAGAGCAAGGGAUGAUGAGGGAAGCAAUAGGUAGCUGGGGAGCCCUAUUGCUGCUAAGUCACUGGCAAAGUGACGAAGCAAUUUACAGAUGAGAGAAUGUGGAAAUAAAUGUGCAGUUUGGAAUUAUGCUGGUGUGAGUUUGCCAGAGGACCCAGGCUAGCAUGGAGAAUGGGAUGAGGACAUUUGUGGGCAAGCAGAUGACAGAGGUCUGAAGGAGAAUUGCAUGGCAGGAGUCUCUGCCAGCUACUUGGGCUUCAACAGCCAAGCUGGCACAGAAGACAGCUGGCAGAGACUGCUUCACUACUGGUUACCUAGAAAAGUAGUAUUUGCCUAUUUCCCCCUUCAUCCAUCCUGAGCCAAAUUUCUUUUGCUGAACAGGAAAGAGCUAGGAACCCUGGAGGUAAACGAAGACUUUAAUCCAUUUAUGAGUGUGUGUGUUUAUGUAACUUCCUGUGGAUGCAAAUAGAUUCAGAGAAAUGUAGAGCUAAAAAGGCCCUUAGAGGGAAUCUAGCCCAACCUACAUUCCACCCUAUGUUACUUAUGCAGAAACUGAGGCCCAGAGAGGGAAGAUGACCUACCCCAAGUGGUGAGCAAGCCCCAACCUCCAGACUCAGCAGAGUGAGGAGGUAGAGCAGUUCCUGUCCUACACAGCUGUCUUCUUUCUUCUACCCACAGACUCCAGGCUGGAAGUGCUUGGCCCCAUUCAGGAGCCUGGCCAGGCAGGGAGAGAGCAGCUGCAGCUCUUCCUCCUCCCAAGGCAUUCUCCCAGCUCCAGCCUCUAGACUGGAAAGCAGAGACUGGCCCGGUACCAGCAAGUCCUUAGGCUACUGUAAUGCUGCCUCAGGACCCAUCCCUACCUGGAGGCUCCCCUAGGCCCUGUGAGCACAAAGAACAAAGCUGAUUUUGUCUUUUAAUUAAUUUCAGGAUUCUCCAGGAGGACUUUCAGUGUGUCAUUUCUUUAUUCCUCCAGCUGGGAUUGGGGGGUGGGCUUUGUUGUGAGAAUGGCCUGGAGCAGGCCCAAUGCUGCUUUUGGGGGUCAGCAUCCAGUGUGAGAUACUGUGUAUAUAAACUAUAUAUAAUGUAUAUAAACUGGGAUGUAAGUUUGUGUAAAUUAAUGGUUUAUUCUUUGCAAAUAAAGCGCUUUCCCCGUCUGUUCUUGAAA